AGUGGUGUUUCUGGUUAGGCUUUUAAAAUUAUAUUAUUUUUUUAUAUCCCUAGCCUUCUUCUCCCUCAAGACAAAAAAGAGUCUCUUUGAUUUGAAAUGCAAUGUCGUGAGAAAUUUUAUGGCAGAAGCACUUGUGCGGGAUAAUGACAUAUCAGCUCAUGCCCAGAACGUUGCCAAGGCCAAAUAUGAAUUUUUAUUUGGUUUGGAAGAAGAGAAGCCUUCAGGAAUGGGUAGUGGCCGUGGAAGCAGCAGUUUGCCUCCUCAUACCAUCAUCAAUGAAUUUCCAGAGUAUGGCACUGCAGAGUCGAGCAGACAAGGACCAUCGGCUCCAUCGACGUGCCAGGCUGAGCCUGUGACACGCAGUCCAGAAAGACGAGACAGUCCCCAACGUGUCAGGCCUACUACUCAGUGUGCAGCUCCUGCUGGUAAUUUGAGGCCUGAUGCAGGGGCAGUGCAGCUUCACACCCCAGAAAAAGGUUUGCAACCCACAGGUAAUCUGCCAGAGAUCAUGAAAAUCUCUCGACAGCUAGAAGCAACAAAGGUGCAAGAAAGAGCAAAUACUUCUCUCGAUUCAGAGACGCAAAUGGAAAAAAAGAGUGUUAUUGGCAGCCAAAAUGUGCCGGCAGCCAGAGAGCCAGUUCCAGCAGGCCAAGAAAAACUCUCAGACAUGCUUCUUCCAUCUGAAGGAACAGCUGAGGAAAAAAAGUAUUUGAUCAUAAAGAAAGAUCUGGCUUCAGUACGGGCUGGAGAAAAGCAGUCUGAAUCUUCACAAGCCAUAAGUAAUAAAGCAGAGGAGGUCCACAGAGCUCAGGAACCAAGCUGUCACAAGCCAUCUGUGACAAACCUGGAAACAGUCAGCAGACUGGAGAGGGGGACACGUUUUGAGGAGUUUUCAGAGUACAGUCAAGGCAAAAUGCAAACAGGUACCGAGAGAAGGCUUGCUAAAGAGGCAGCUGUGAGUAAACAUGUAGAAUUUCAAGGUGUGGAGAUCUUAUGGCUGCAAAAAGCUGAGGAGCAGAGAAGAAAGAAGCACUCACUGCUGGACUCUGUGUCUGUGGAGAGGAAGGCAUUGUCCAAAACAUCCAGCCACCCUGUGUCACCAAUGAUCUCCCCAGCCUUGCUUUCCUUGCCAGACAGUGCAUGGAGUGAGGUCUGUGAAGACACGAGGCUGGAACCUGCUGCUUCUGGAGCCACUCCUCUACCACUGCUCGAAGAAGGCAGGAAGGAUGAAGUUUCUGUGAAGGAGAGGAAGAACUGUGAUGAGGAGGAGAUGGCUAUGCUUGCAAGAGGCCAGGGCAGGAUGGUGGAGGAGCGGGAAGCCACCACAGGAGGAUAUGAAGAUUUCCUUGGGCAGAGGCACUCUGACGUCUCCACUGAUCUGUACAGCUCACAGUUUGAAAACAUCCUAGACAAUGCAUCUUUGUACUACAGUGCAGAAUCUCUGGAGACAUUGUACUCGGAACCCGAUAGCUACUUCAGCUUUGAGAUGCCACUCACUCCCAUGAUCCAGCAGCGCAUGAAGGAGGGUGGACAGUUCUUAGAUAGGACAUCAGCCGUGGGGCAGACAGAUGUCCCUGACAGGGAGGUGAAGGGAUGUGGUGAAGGCAUCGCCAAUGGCUUCAGGGAUGUAGGCGAAACACUCUUCAAAGGAGAUGUCACAGAAGUCCCUCAUCUGGAAAGCAAUCUUGACCUACAGAAUGUGGUGUUAGACUCCAGUGCAGCGAUGGGGAGCAGUGAACUUCAGGAGAAAGAUGCCACUGGAGCCCUUGUCCACGACCUCAGCAAUGGCAGCCGCAGCAAUUUGGAAGCAGCCAGGCGCCUGGCUAAGCGCCUCUACCAUCUGGACAGAUUCAAACGCUCUGAUGUGGCAAAACAUUUGGGUAAAAACAAUGAAUUCAGCAAGCUUGUGGCCGAAGAAUAUCUUAAAUUUUUUGACUUCACAGGCAUGACGCUGGACUGUUCACUCAGGAGUUUCUUUAAAGCCUUUUCACUUAUUGGAGAAACUCAGGAACGAGAGAGAGUUUUAAUCCACUUCUCCAGCAGAUACUACCAGUGCAACCCAAACACCAUUUCUUCUCAAGAUGGAGUUCACUGUCUCACGUGUGCCAUGAUGCUGCUGAACACAGACCUCCAUGGCCAUAACAUUGGGAAAAAGAUGACCUGCCAAGAGUUUGUUGCUAACCUCCAGGGGAUGAAUGAUGGCAAAGACUUCCCGAGAGGACUCUUGAAGGCCCUCUACAAUUCAAUCAAGAAUGAAAAGUUGGAAUGGGCAGUGGAUGAAGAAGAGAAAAAAAAAUCUCACUCGGAUGGUACAGAUGAAAAGGAUAAUGGGAACCAGACAAAGGCUGUCAGUCGAAUUGGCAAUUCAAAUAACCCAUUCCUGGACAUCCCUCAUGACCCCAAUGCUGCUGUGUAUAAAACUGGAUUUCUGGCUCGGAAAAUCCAUGCAGAUAUGGAUGGAAAGAAAACUCCCCGGGGAAAGCGAGGCUGGAAAACCUUUUAUGCUGUGCUGAAGGGAACGGUCCUGUACUUGCAGAAGGAUGAAUAUAAGCCAGAAAAGGCUUUGUCGGAGGAAGAUCUGAAGAAUGCGGUUAGUGUACACCAUGCGCUGGCAUCCAAGGCAACAGACUAUGAGAAGAAACCCAAUGUCCUCAAGCUUAAAACAGCAGAUUGGAGAGUCCUGCUUUUCCAAGCCCAGAGCCAAGAAGAAAUGCAGACCUGGAUCAACAAGAUUAACUGUGUGGCUGCUGUCUUCUCUGCACCACCAUUUCCAGCGGCCAUUGGUUCUCAGAAGAAGUUCAGUCGCCCACUCCUGCCAGCCACCACAACAAAACUAUCUCAGGAUGAACAGCUGAAGUCCCAUGAAGCUAAGCUGAAGCAGAUCUCCACUGAGCUUGCUGAACAUCGCUCCUAUCCUCCUGACAAGAAGCUCAAAGGCAAGGAAGUAGAUGAUUACAAACUGAAGGACCACUAUCUGGAGUUUGAGAAAAAUCGCUAUGAGAUUUACGUUGGCCUGCUGAAAGAAGGGGUGAAGGAGCUGCUGAGUGGAGGAGAGAACGAUGCGCCAGGACUGAAGAAAUCCCACUCAAGUCCUUCUUUGAAUCAGGAGUCUCCAGUUAGUGCCAAGGUGAAACGCAAUGUCUCAGAGAGGAAGGACUACAGGCCAGAAACACCCAGCAUUAAGCAGAAGGUCACUUAGGGUGGAAAUGACAACUAGGGGAACAGCCAUGCAGCAAAGUAUUGGUGGUCAAAAUUUUUUCAUUUAAUAACCUGUCAUUCACAAAAAAUAAGUGCAUCUGCCUGAAUGGGGUGUUAGUGACAUUUUCUAUUGUAUAUUUUGCUGUUUCUGUGCAGAUUGUGGGAGAUGUCUUCGCUCCUGCUUUGCUUUGCUUUGUUAAUUUAUCAUUUAGCAAUUGAAGCAUCGGGACUUUUUUGUGUUAUUCUGUUUCUAAAGGAGCUGGGGAAGGGGUAGAGAGCUGUGACGUUUAUUCUGUCUCCUCCCCAUUUAUCUCCUCCCAUCGGCAUGUGGCUUUCAUCUCUCAAGUCACUUGUCACUUUAUUUACGUGGUGGGUGGGAACAAUAACUGGACAAGUGCUGCAGUGCUGUGAAUGUGAGCUGUAGCUGUGAGAAAAGCUGUGCAAACAUGCAGCUGCAGAAGGCUGACUAUGGGGUAGGGUGGUGGGAGCACUAGUUUCCUGACAAUGUAAGGCAUGUUGGUACUGGUACUGAGCAGCAGGUGGUACAGUAAAUAGUCACUGUUGCUUAUUGUUACUGCAUUGACCCUGAACACUUUGCGUGUGUGAAGGAAUGAACCUGGAAACCUCUGGCAAUGCUGAGAUGAUGGCAUUGGAACAAUUUGUUUGCUUCCUCCCAAGCAGGGAGCCUUCUCCUGAGUUUGCUGCCUGGAAGGCAUCCAAACCUAUGCUGUCUCUGCAGUCAGGAAGAUUAGGGAUUACCCAGUUGGAAUGGCUAUCUGGGCUUCACAUUUAUUUGCAGAGAAGGCUGCUGUAGAUGUCAGCCAUUAGCAUUAUAUAUUAAUUAUAUAUAUUAAAGACAAA